AUGGCGAGCAAAGCAAAGCAGCCUGCUGCUGGCGGCAAGGACGAGACAUCGACAAACCCCCGAGGAAUUCCCACUGCGCCAUUCGUCGACAAGGUUGAGGACUAUGUCUCGUCACGCGACGAGGUCGAAGGCACACUACAGAGCUUUCAGGAGCUGAUAUCCAAAUACCAGUUUAUGGAAAUGAACCUCCAAAAGCGCAUGGCCGGCCUUAAGGAUAAGAUUCCUGAUAUUCAGAAAACGUUAGACACCGUGCAGUUCAUGAAGCUGCGCAAGGACGAGAGCGAACCAAUCGAGACAACAUUCGAGCUCAACGACACGUUGUACGCGCGCGCCAAUAUCCCACCAACGGACGAAGUUUACAUUUGGCUUGGAGCCAACGUCAUGCUCUCAUACCCCAUCGACGAAGCUCAAGCCCUUCUCGAAUCAAAGCUCAAGUCGGCCAAGACGAGCCUUUCAAAUUGCGAAGAGGACGCAGACUUUAUACGCGAACAGAUCACGACGAUGGAGGUUGCCACGGCGCGAGUAUACAACUGGGAGGUUGUUCAGAAGCGAAAAGAAAAGAAAGAGGAGGAAGAGUCAAAAGCCGCGGCCAAGCCCCAAGAAAAGUCAUAG